AUGUUCGUUUCUUUUUAUUCGUGUGACGUUACAUUCUCCUUUGUUUUUUCCGCCUGCUAUUCCAGCUUUCCGGAUUUCUCAUGUCCCAUUUCCUAUUACGGUAAGUCUCUUUGUUUCAUGUUUCUUUUCCUAACUUCCUCUUUGGGAAAUGUUUCCGAGUAUAUCCUUGGUCUCUUUUUUGUCCCUCAUCUGUCCCCUGGCCUAUCGUGCCCACAGUUUCCCAUGUUACCCGCACUUCACUUUUCUUACACUUUUACUGCCUUGACCAAUCUGGCUCCUCUUGCCAUCAAACUUCAUCUCACCUAUACUUGUAAUCCACAUUUCCCAGUGUUACCCGGAUGUCACUCUCAACCCUACUUGUCCGCCCCUAUCACGUGCCUUCCUUCUCAUACCAUUCUCAUUUUCAUUUUCUUCUUCAUCACUUUGUACGGUACAAACAUAUCUCCUUCUCCCUCAUCCAAUUCUCUCUCUCACUCUCACUGCUAG